AUGGCGACCGAAAUAAAAGUAAAACAAUGUUUAAAAAAAUUUGGCUUUGAAAAAUUUCGAACUGAUAUUCAAGAAAAAGCCAUUUUAUCAAUUAUUAAUGGAACUAGUGAUGUUUUUAUAUCAUUUCCGACCGGUGCCGGAAAAUCAUUGUGCUAUCAAUUUCCUGCUGUAUACAAAGAAGAUGGUCUUUCAAUCGUUAUAUCUCCAUUACUUGCACUUAUACAAGAUCAAGUUAAAAGUUUAAAUGAUAAACAUAUUGUAGCACGUACACUUAAUUCAACAUUGAGUCAACAAGAAAAAAAAAUUGUACUUGGAGAUCUUAUGCAACGACAACCAACAACACGAUUAUUGUAUAUAACACCAGAACUUGCUGCUACUCAAAGUUUUUUAUCAAUUAUAAAAAAAGUUCAUCAACGUAAAUUAAUUAAUUAUCUCAUUAUAGAUGAAGCACAUUGUGUUAGUCAAUGGGGUCAUGAUUAUAGACCAGAUUAUUUAAAAUUAGGUACAUUACAUGAUGAAUUAAAUAAUGUACCAUGUAUUGCUGUAACAGCUACAGCAUCUCAACAAGUGAUUAAUGAUAUUUAUAGUUCAUUACAUUUACGACAACCUAUAUUAGAAUUUAAAUCAUCUGUAUUUCGUUCGAAUCUCUUUUAUGAUAUACAAUUUAAAGAAUUACUUGAUGAUCCUUUUAUAAAUUUAUGUCAAUUUAUAGAUGAAACAAAAAAACUUAUAACUAAUUCACAAUUAAUAAGUGGAAUAAUUUAUUGUCGUACACGUGAUACAUGUUCAGAUUUAGCUAAUAAAUUAACACAAACAGGUAAAUAUGGUACAGUUAAAGCAUAUCAUGCUGGUUUAACAAAUGAAAAACGAAUACAAAUUCAAAAUGAUUGGAUGAAUGGUUUAACAAGUAUCAUAUGUGCUACAAUUAGUUUUGGUAUGGGUAUUGAUAAAGGUGAUGUUCGAUUUGUUGUUCAUUGGGACUUAGCUAAAUCAAUAUCUGGUUAUUAUCAAGAAUCUGGUCGAGCUGGACGUGAUGGAAAACGAUCAAAUUGUCGAAUGUAUUAUUCAGCACGUGAACGUGAUACACAAUUAUUUCUUAUUAAUCAAGAAAUAAAUGAUAAAUUGAAUUAUAUUUUAUACAGAUGUCGACAUUUGGUUAUUUGUAAUUAUUUUGGUGAUACAUCAAUGAAACCAUGUGAAACAAUGUGUGAUGUAUGUACACAACGUGAAUUUGUUUCAAUUAAUUUAGAAAAUUUAAAAAAAAAGAAAUUUGAUGAAAUAAUUAAUCGACGUUCAACAAAUCGUAUUAUAUAUCGUAAUGAUGGUAGUGAAGAACAGUAUGAAGGUGGUCGAUUAGGAAAUCGACGUGAUGAACGUGAAUAUCGUGAUACUGAUGAUGAUUAUCGACAUCAUGAUGAUAAUGAUAGUGAAACAGCUAAAUUAGCAACAAAACUUGUUUUUAAUGAACUUAAACGACGUGGAGCUGCAAUGGAAAUUAAACCAAAAACUUGGACAGUAGCAAGUGUUAAUUGUCCAUUAAUUGAUCCAAGUAAUCGAAAAAUUCCUAAUGUUACUAUUCAACUUCGUGAACAUGUUUGUCGUAAAUUAAAAGAAGUAUUAAUUGAAAAUAUUGAAAAACAUUUUGCUAAUGAUGAAAUACAACGAACUACAUAUGAAGCAACAUGUCUUGAUAAAGCUGUAUGGCUUGAACAUCAAGUAUUUUUAGCAACAAAAAGUGAACCAAUGUAUAAAAUGAAAUAUAUGUCUAAAUGUAAUGAAAUUACUAAAGCAACAAAAAAUAAUGCUAGUUUGUAUAUAAUUGAUUCCAUGCCAGUAAAUCCAAUAAUCGAAUCAUCUUCACCAACAUCUUCCAAACGUAAACUUUCUGAAACUGAAAUAAAUUCUAUUUCAAAUGAACCCGAAACAAAAAUUCUUAAACAAAAUGGACAUACAAAUAAUGAAUCUGAACAACAAGAUAAAUCUAAUCAACCAUCAUUAUCACCAUUAAAUAUAGAAAAUAAAUCACCUAAUAGAAAACGAUCAUUAUCAUCUUCAUCAUCAUCAUCAUCAUCAUCAAGUUCAUCAACGAAUUCAUCAUCCUCAUCCUCAUCAACUUCAACAUCUUCAUCAUCAUCAUCAAAAAUACAAAUAAAUAAUAAUACUAAUAAUAAAUCAUCGAAAAUUUCAAUAUUAAAACGAUCAAAUGGUGAAAAAUCUAAAGAAAAAAAAAAUUCUAAAUUACUUCAUCAAUCAUUAUCAACAAAUUCUAAAUCUCAAAUAACAACAACAACAACAACAAUAAUUCAUCGACAUCGUCGUAAUUCUUUACCUAAUCAAACAAAUUCAUCUGAUGUUAAAGCUAAACAAGCUCGUGGUACAUUAAAAACUUGUCUUGAAUCAAUGUCUAAUUUUUUACAUCAAAAAUUAAAUGAACAAUCAUCAACACAUUUAACAAUACAAUCACCUAAUGAAGAACCAAUACCACCACAAGGUUCAUCAUCACCAUCAUUUCUUAAUGAUCAAGAACAACAAAUUCUUAAUACUAAUCGUCAACGUCAAACAAGUUUAGAUGAACGUAUUCGUUCAUUAUUUAAUCAUAAUCCUGAUAAUGAUAAAACAAUAAAUAAUAAUAAUAAUAAUAUUAUUACUAAAGAUUUAUCUAAAACAAAUAUUCGUAAAUCAUUACCAAUGCCACCGGGUACAUAUAAUUCUGAUGAAGAACAUAAAACUAUACCAACGAAAAAACGUAGUAAUUCAUUCGGUGGUAAUGGAAAAUCAACAAAUAGAAAAUUAUCAAUACAAAAUAAACGAUUAUUAUCUACUAGUUCAACUAGUAAUCGAAAAUCAUCAACAAAAAAAUCUCGAGAUAGCAAACUUCCUGUGAAUAUCAAAACAAUUUCAGAAGUUGUUGUUGAUGUACUCAAUCCAUAUUAUCAAGCAAAUAGAUUUUCAUCUAAAGAAUUGUUUAAAACACUAGCAAAACGUAUUUCACAACAUUUAGCUUCUAAAGAGUUUUCAAAUAUUGAUGCGGUACGUAUGGAUGCUAAAUCAUUGAUUAAACCAGCAUUUCGUCAUAAACAUUCAAAAAUCUUAACACAUGCCGAUUUGGAUCGAAUUGUACCAUCUUAA